AUGCGAGGAUGGAACUUAGAACCCACAAAAGGCUUGCCCAGGCUCACAUACCUCCCCCCUCCGCAGGCAUUCAUUUGUCGCUUACAUGGCGUUGUUCGCGAUGGAAACGGAUUAGCAGGCAUGCUAUUCACCUGGAUCAACAAUAAAGGCGUUUUGUCAAAAGCGAGAGCAAACCAGAGCUCAGUUGAGCUAAGGAGACGUUGGGCAACCCAGAUCAGCGACACGGUGCAUAUACUUCACGAUCGGAACAUCAUUUGGGGCGACGCAAAGGCUGAAAAUAUUUUGAUCGAUAUGGACGACAAUGCAUGGAUUAUUGAUUUUGGUGGAAGCUACACCCUGGGGUGGGUUGAUGCGGAAAAGGCUGGCACAGUGGAAGGCGACUUGCAGGGGCUGUCUAAAAUCUUGAGCAUCAUUUCUUAA